CCCCCACAUCUCAUCGACCCACAGUUUUGUUAGUCAUUAAUUCUAGUGACUAGUCCUGGUUACUGCAAUAGUGAGUAAAACAUCCAUGCCUCUACUUCUCUUCUGAAUUGAGAUGCUGCUUCAUCUUCUUUGUCCUGCAUGUAACGAUUACUCUCUCUUUCUAAAAUGUAAAUAGUCAUCUAAGCAUCAUCGUCUAUGAUCAAUAACUAACUAUUACUAUUCCUAUUCAUAGUUACAAUUAUGAGUGAUGAUACUCCAUUAAUUCGAAUAAAUUCAAAUUCAAACAUUAGGAAAUAUUCCGAAGAUGAAAGUGAAUAUUACCUAGAUCAAGAUGAUGAUCUAUCUCAUUAUGGUUUAUUUACAAAAUUUAUAGCUUAUGUAUUAUGUAUAAUAUUAGGUUUAGGUACAUUAUAUUUUUUUACAAUUUUUUUACCUGAUACUUUUAUACCUGAAUCUACUGAUUUAGUAGGGAUUCAAAAAAUAUCUAAUAUUAAUGUCUACUUAAAUCCAAUCUCACAGGAAAGAGUUUCUGAGUUGCAAAUGGGUGUAAAAAACGUGGGCUCUCCUGAACAAUAUGAUGAAUAUGAAAAUGAAAAUGAACAAGACUACCAAUCAAUCACAGAUUCUAAACUUAAACCAGUUGAACGUAUAAUUCUUAUUGGAGAUAUUCAUGGUCAUUAUACACAAUUUAGGAAACUUUUGAGUUCUAUUAAUUACAAAAAGGAAACUGAUCAUUUAAUUGUACUAGGUGAUUUUAUAACAAAGGGUCCAGAUUCAUCUAAAGUCUUAGAUUACCUUAUUGCUAAUGAUAUUGAUUGUAUUUUGGGAAAUCAUGAAUAUUAUGUCCUCCAAAAUUAUGCAUUGUUCCAUAAUUUAGAUCAACCAUUCUUUGUAAUUCCUCAAGAAAAUAAUGAUAUUUCAUUAGCUGAAUCAUAUGAAUUCAAAAUUAAAGACAAUUUUAACUCUGAUCCAGAAUAUAUCUUAGCAAGAAAGCUUCAACCUGAGCAUGUAAAAUAUAUUAAUCAUUGUUCGGUUAUAAAACACCUUGGUGAUGUACCUGUUGUUAAAUCCAAAUCAACCAGUUUUGCACCAGGAAUCGCAGUACAUGCUGGAAUUAGAUGGGAUUUAGAAUUAAAUGAACAAGAUCCUGAGGACAAUUUAGAAAUGAGGUCUUAUCUAGGUCCAUACUUUAAUGAGACUACCUCAGAUCCGAGCGAAGAAGAUGCUAUUAGUUGGUCUAAAAUUUUUAAUAUGAAACAGAAAGAACGUGCUUCAAAUGGUGACAAUACUUUGGUCGUUUACUAUGGACAUGAUGCCCACCGUGGUCUUAAUAUUAAACGAUAUGCUAAAGGUAUAGAUAGUGGUUGCGAUGCGGGAAAACAAUUAACAGCCAUGGUCAUUUGGAAGGAAUCACAUAUUCUGAAAAAGGGUAAGGAAAAUAUUUUGUUUAAGGAGAAGUCUUUUCAAGUUCAAUGCUAGAAUUAGAGUAGAGUAAAAAGUAAAAUUAAAUGUUGUAUUUAUGUAUUAUUAAUGUAUUUGUUUGGUAUACUAAUGUUGUAAAUUAUUUUAUUGUCGAUUAAGCUGCAAAAAUAAUACUCAAAAACAAAUUCCGAUACCGGGAGUCGAACCCGGGUCUGCUCGGUGAAAGCGAACCGUGCUAGCCGUUACAC